UUAACAGACUGACUAGCAGACCCCAGGCCCAAUGGCACUGAUAUUUGAGGUUGACGCUUUCCAGUGACUCUUAAGCACAUGUUGAGUGCUCUUGGUAACUUUUCUCUUUCUUUCUCCUCUGCGUCCCAGUUGCUGGAGAGUAUGGGUAAGACAACGUUGUGAAUCCUGCUGAAAAGAAUCCCCAGCUCCGGCCAUCAAAGCUUCAUCAACCUGAAAGCUGGACGCUGUUGAAGGGGAAAGUCGCCAUCUAUGUGGAAGCCAUAGACUCCAGGCGCAGCCCAGCAGCCCAGGGUAGCUCAGCCCUGUCACCUCCCCUGAAGAGAACAGUUAACUACACUUAGGAUCUGAGGCCUGAGUGUGCUGGAGUCCCGAUACUAAAGGAAAACUGAGGCAAGAGACUGCAGUGGGACAAGGACAGAGCCAAGAAUGAACUUGCCUUGAGCCUGGCAUCCGUUCUGUGGGCAGGCAGAGGAGACGGAGAGACUGUGGCCCAGGGAGCCAGCGAGAAACAUCGGCAGGGAAGGACAGGCACAGCCCAGGCUGGACCAUCUCCUCAUGGCCUCCAAGCAGGCUGCAGCCAAGGGCAAAGGGGAGAAGCGGAAGCGAGUGGUGCUAACUCUGAAGGAGAAGAUUGACAUCUGCACUCGGCUAGAGCGUGGCGAGAGCAGGAAGGCGCUGAUGCAGGAAUACAAUGUGGGUAUGUCCACUCUCUAUGACAUCAAAGCCCACAAGGCUCAGCUGCUCAGGUUCUUCGCCAGCUCAGACUCUCGCCAGGCGCUGGAACAGCGGCGUACCCUGCACACGCCGAAGCUGGAGCACCUGGACCGAGUGCUCUAUGAGUGGUUCUUGGUAAAGCGCGCAGAGGGCAUCCCUGUAUCAGGACCCAUGCUCAUCGAAAAGGCCAAGGACUUCUACAAGCAGAUGCGGCUGACAGAGCCCUGUGUGUUUUCUGGAGGGUGGCUUUGGCGCUUCAAGGCCAGGCAUGGCAUUAAAAAGUUAGAUGCCUCUAGCGAGAAGCAGGUGGCUGACCACCAAGCUGCCGAACAGUUCUGUGGCUUUUUCAGGAGCCUCGCAGCUGAGCACGGGCUGUCUCCUGAGCAGGUGUACAGCGCUGAUGAGACUGGUCUUGUCUGGCGGUGCUUGCCAAAUUCUACCCCGGACGAUGGGACUGUGCCCCGCUUCAAACAGGGCAAGGACAGGCUGACUGUCUUGAUGUGCGCCAAUGCCACAGGCUCCCACAGGAUCAAGCCUUUGGCCAUUGGCAAGUGUGGCGGCCCCAGAGCCUUCAGAGGCAUCCAGCACCUGCCUAUUGCUUACAAGGCCCAGGGUAAUGCCUGGGUAGACAAGGAGAUUUUCUCAGACUGGUUCCAUCAUAUUUUUGUCCCGUCAGUGAGGGAGCACUUUCGAACCAUAGGCUUACCGGAAGACAGCAAGGCUAUCCUCUUGCUGGACCAUUCCCGGGCCCACCCCCAGGAGUCAGAGCUGGUGUCAGAGAAUGUCUUCACUAUCUUCCUGCCCUCCAGCGUGACCUCCUUACUGCAGCCCACAGAGCAAGGCAUUCGCAGAGCCUUCAUGAGGCUCUUCAUUAACCCUCCUGUGGCCUUACAGACUUUCCCCACCCGCCACAGCAUGAACGAUGCCAUAGUGAACGUGGCCUGUGCCUGGAAUGCCGUGCCUAGCCGGGUCUUCAGGCGGGCCUGGAGGAAGCUGUGGCCUACUGUCACAUUCACUGAAGGCUCCUCCUCUGAGGAGGAGACCGAGUGCUGUAGCAUCAAGCCUCACAAGACUUUUGCCCACAUCCUCGAGCUUGUGAAAGAAGGGCCUUCCUGUUCCGGCAGCAGGCCUCAGAAUAGCAGGGCUGAAGAGCGGGUUGUGGCAGGGAGGGACAUGGAUGAGGCCCCUGCUACUGUGGCCCCAUCCCAGGCCACUGAGUAUGCAGAAAAGUCAGAGAAAGAUGCUGGCGAGGAUGAGGAGGCAGCCUGGGAGCAGGCAGCCAUAUCCUUCGAGGCACUUAGGCGCUUUGCAGAGCAGCAGCCAUGUUUCACCGUGCAGGAGGUGGGGCAGUUGCAGGCACUGCACACAGUGUUCAGGAGACAGCAGCAGCUGAGGCAACCCCGAGUGGCUCUCAGGGCAGUGAUCAAACUUGAGGCCCUUCAGGAGCGCCCUAGUGUGUGCGUGGCCACAGGCCACUCUGCCUUGCCUUGCUCAUCCACAGCAGGUGACAACUGAAGUACCUUGGUUACACCUGCUGGCCCAGUGCAGCUCUGCUGUAUAGCGUGUGCCGCUGUGGGGCACAGACUGCUUGCUAGGCAGGAGGGCGUUCUCAGAUGGGUGAGAGAGCAAGCACAGACUCCAGUGUUUAUAGAGGGCUCGUAUGUUCUGGCUAGUGGUUUUACUGUAUCUCCUAGCACAAAGAAUAUGUCAUUUGAAUGUCAGGAGACCUGUGCCCUCUCUCUCAGUAUUCUGGAGCCUCCCCUAGCUGCAGCUGGGUCCAGUGGGCCAGUUCUGCACCUGGUGUUGGAGGACUGAGCCACAUUAUCAAGUUGAAGUGCCUUGGAGGGUGCACCUCUAACCCUUAGGAGGCUCACUUUCCUCAACUGGUGGACCCCCAAGCCCAGUCCUGAGGG